UGUCAAAAUAAAAAAAUCUUUAAAAUGUCGAGCGGAGCGGUGAAUAUGCGAACUUUUAAUGCCGGAAACGCUCGUAUGUAUUCAGGUCCCAGAGUUUUGAGCAAUGUUUCGCGGAUAUCUGAUGAUCACUCGAAAUAUCAUCAAGAAUCAACUUCAUUUGCUGCACAAUCCAAGGGUGGUAUAUCGAAUAAUCGUAUGGCGAUGAAUAACGUCAAUUACGAACAAUCUUAUCCGAUUCAGUCAUCGUUUAAAAGUCCUGAAAAAUCAAAUGCCAAACGUAAAGUCUCCGGUGAGAACAUACCCUCGACCCAGCCUAAACAAACUUGCAGCACAUUUCGACCUUCGACUACAAGAAAAUCAGGUGUCAUUAGAAUAGAUGCUCGCGGAUAUUCAGAUAGUACUGAUUCAGAAGUGCCAGUAACAGCCAUGACACUGCCGAGAGCAAUGAAUCCAAUAACCAGCUAUUCAAACACUACGAGCACUAUGACCCAAAAGCAGUCAACAGCACCCGGAUAUAUUCAGCGAAAUGCGAGCAAGACUUCACUUUACGCUCCAUCGUCCAUUUGUCACAUGAUCGCGACAACAACUCCGCCUCCGACUACUUCAAUAGCUUUGAAUGAUCUUCCGUCUCCGCCUCCGACAGCAUGCACCAAUGGAAUGAGCAGUCCGGCUUUACGAAGGCAGCAUUCAACAAACAGUUUCGGAGUUCAGGGAACCUAUGAAUAUACAUCUGCAGGGAAUACCGGUACAAUGCGGAGAUCACAGCCAACCUCUUCCGACGAUCCUGCAUAUGCAUCUAGUUAUUCUGACAGGCCAACAUUACUUUACCCUGGACACGCUAAACAGCAGAAUACAGCAUCGAUUGAGGGUUCAACAAGAAGUCAAGAAGACUGCAAGCGCGAAAACGAUUUUAAUACUAAUAUAACAGCCGGUGAAAAAGAGAUCAACCUUACGAACGGAGCUUCACAACAUGUAACUUUUGCCCCAGCGCAGUAUUCGGACCCGAAAAAACUAAAAAAGUCAUCUAGUUCUGAAGGAAAACCGGUCAGAUCUAAUUCUGGCACGAAAAUUAAAGACGCCGCAACAUACAAAUAUUUAUCAAAGUCUAGUAAGAAUGCGGGUCAACGAGAUGAAAAACGAAAAAGCAGACGAUUAGACCGAAAGUCACUUUGGUGCAUGAUAAUAAUGCUUUUAAUUCUUCUGUUCACUGCCAUUGUGUUUUUGAUAUAUUUCGCAUCAAAUUACAGCAAAUUAAGAGCUGUCUCUGUAACAUAUACCAGCGGGAAUGAAUUUGCACAGGUAUCAACAACUACCGAAUUUCCAACAUUCUCUGUCCAAACUCGACGAACAAAAUCGACGACAACACCUUCUCCAACGCUGGCAUCUGUGAACGAUAAAUUUUGCUUUACUGAGGAAUGCAUCCAGUCGGCAAGCACUGUUUUAAUUAAGAUGAAUAAAUCUGCAGAUCCGUGUGUAGAUUUUUACGAGUACUCGUGCGGAGGUUGGAUAAGCAAUAACUACAUGCCCGCCGACAAGAGCAAUUAUGGUGUGGUGUCCGAGAUCACUACAUCAAACGAAAGACAGUUGUAUGAAGCGUUAGUAAAGUCUGACGAAAACAAUGAACUUGAGACAGACCUUCGUGGGCGAAAUCCCCGGCAGAACAUCACCAAGGCGGAAAUGAAGGCAAAAGCCUUUUUCAAGUCUUGUCUCAACCUUGCAUUUAUCAAUGCCUUGGGAGCUCAACCGAUGCUAGACAUGAUAUCAAAAAUGGGAGGAUGGGAUGCACUCGGAACCUGGGACGCGACGACGUGGAAUUUGGACGAAUUAUUGUACGUCAUACAAGGCGAACAAAGCAUCAGCGUCUUCUUUUCAAUGAGCAUUCAACCGGAUGAUGCAAAUGAGACGAGAAAUAUUCUGAGGCUGGACGCAGAUGGCAUAACGAUACCAGACGCAGAUUUCUACGUAUACGAUGAAAUUCAAACGGGUGUUCAUGAGGUGGUUCCUGCUUACAAACAACUGAUACGACGUCUUCUUACACUGCUGGGUGCAACUGAUGUAGAAAAAAUUGUCAAUGACAUAUAUACAUUCGAGAAAAAAUUGGCAAAGAUAAUAGCAGUUGAAACAAUAUCGUCUCAACUUGAUGGAUCUGUCAAUCUUGUUACCAUCAGAGAACUCAGGGAAUUGUGUCCAGAGAUUGACUGGUAUCGUUUACUACAGAGGAUAAUUACUAAGAAAUCAUUGACUUAUGAUACACAAGUUUUGGUGGAUUCGAAAAACUAUAUGUCUAACUUGUCUACAUUGAUGUCGGAGACAAAGCCCAAAACACUUCAUAACUACAUGAUGUGGAGAUCUGUUGUGACAAAGGCGAACUUCUUGUCAACGCCAUUUCGGAAGGCGAUGUUGGAAUUUUCAACUGCUCUGCUUGGACCCAGGCAAGAGCGCCCUCUGUGGCGGGAAUGUCUAGGAAAAGUAAACAAGCACUUUGGAGCAGCAACAGGUGCCAUGUUUGUUAGAGAAGCUUUUCCUGUUGAAUCAAAACGAAAUAUUGAAGGAAUGGUGAAAAACAUAAAAGAUGCUUUCAGAAGAAACUUAGGAAAUGUGAAAUGGAUGGACGACAAUACCAGGAGAGUUGCAGUUGGCAAGCUCAAUGAUAUGUCUGUUGAAGUUGGUUAUCAAGAAGAAUUAUUGAAUGAUCCGCAAUCGUUGAAUAAAGAAUAUAUGUUUGAUGUUGAUGAAAAUUCAUUCUACAAGAAUAUUCUUAAUAGCGUCAGAUUUAAAAUUUCACAAAGGGUCGACACAUUGUUUGCUUCACCAGAUGUAAAAGAGUGGAAUUUGUCUCCGCAAACAAUGAACGCCUAUUAUUCUCCUGCAAUAAAUCAAGUAUUCUUUCCUGCUGGAUUACUACAAUCUCCUUUAUACAACCCGAAAUUUACAGCGGCGUUGAAUUAUGGGGGAAUUGGAUCAAUGAUUGGUCACGAAGUUACACACGGAUAUGAUUCUUUAGUGUAUGCCCCAUACACUCAAACAGGCGAGAAAUACGACAGAGGUGGCAAAUACAACCCUUGGUGGUCAAAGCCCUCAUCAAUCCGAUACAAACAACGAUCUCAAUGUCUCAUCAACCAAUAUUCCAAAUUUUCGAUUGGGGAUCUUUACGUCAAUGGAGCAAAUACACUCAACGAGAAUAUAGCAGAUAUCGCUGGGUUGAAAGUCGCGUACAUGGCUUACAAGUAUUGGUCAGAGACAAAUGUAAACAAUGAAGAGAACAAAAAGCAAUUGCCAGGUCUGGGGCUCACGAACCAACAACUAUUUUUUGUUGGAUUUGCACAAACUUGGUGUAUGAAACGGCUACCUUCUUCUUACCGAUUACAAUUUUUGCAAGACCAACAUGCUCCUGAAAGAUUUAGAGUACUCGGCGGGGUCAGCCAAUACAAAGAAUUUGCAAAAGCUUUUAAUUGUCCAACAAGAACACCAAUGAACCCAGAUAAAAGAUGUCUCGUGUGGUGAUCGAUAACAAUGAUGCAAUUUCAUAACGUUAAAUUACUGAUUACAACUGAAAAUUUGUUGUGAUUCACUUUAUUACGAUAUGGAACAUGCGUUUCAAUUAUCAAAAUUAAGAGGCAUAAAAAUCCAUCUUAUUUGUAUUAUAGAUCCAUCCAUGCAUGAUUGUUAUUUCCAUUUUCCCAUUUGCCUUAGCAACUGUACAUUCAAUGUAUGUCCAGAAUCUAUAUACUUUUUAACUGAAAAUAUUUUUCAAUAUUAAAGUUAUAUUUAAUUUUGAAUAUUUCGCCAGUAACAACACAGGUCGUUUUAAUACAAAUAAUAAAAAAUUUCAAUACAUUCGUCAUACUAAUAACCCUUGGGAUAUGUGUGAAAGUGAGAAACUCCUAAAAAAAUAUAUGCUCGAUUUUAAUUCGGUAUAUCAAAACAGAUGACAAAUUCAAAUUUUUUUUGUUAUUGAUAUUAACCAUACAUCUUUGACUGAACCUUUUACUGUACUUUGUGUAAUUUUAUUUUAAAUGUUUUAUAUAAUGAUCAUGUCACAAAGUAAAAUUUAUUACAAAUAUAUUGUCACAACAGA